GCAAGCAAGGGUGUGUGGAGUGGUCUGUCUGAAUUCUGAAUGUUCCAAAAAUUGAAGUGCAGAAAGAAGAAUGGCCAACCUUUCAAUUCAACUCCCACGAACAAGUUUGUCCAUACGCAACUUCUCAACCAAACGACCAUGUUUCACCACUUCUGCUUUACCCUUUACAAUCACUUGCUCUGUUGUAGGAGAAGCUGAGUUAGAUGGAACUGAGAAUAAGCCAAGGUUACUUAGUCUCAACAAAAUCAAGGGUGUUGCCUGUGGUAUUCUUGCAGCUUAUGCUGUUACUUCUGCUUCAUUUCCCGUUACUGCUGCUACUCAGAGACUGCCCCCAUUGUCAACUGAUCCCAAUCGCUGCGAACGUGCAUUUGUUGGCAACACAAUUGGUCAGGCAAAUGGUGUAUACGACAAAGCAUUAGAUCUCCGGAAAUGUGACUUCACAAAUGAAAAAUCCAACCUGAAGGGGAAGACUCUGUCUGCAGCACUAAUGUCAGAUGCUAAGUUUGACGGUGCUGACAUGACAGAAGUUGUAAUGUCAAAGGCUUAUGCAGUUGGGGGCAGCUUUAAAGGUGUGGACUUCUCAAAUGCAGUGUUGGAUCGUGUUAAUUUCGGGAAAGCAGAUCUUCAGGGAGCUGUAUUUAGGAACACAGUUUUGUCAGGCUCCACCUUUGACGAUGCUAAACUGGAAGGUGCGGUUUUUGAGGACACUAUCAUUGGUUACAUUGAUCUCCAAAAGAUAUGCAGAAAUACAACCAUCGGCGAUGAGGGUCGAGCUGAGCUAGGAUGUCGAUGAUAAUUAAGCAGAAUGUGUCCAUUCAUGUCUUCUUUUUUUCUUUUAAGCUACUGUAUCAUGAAUCCAUGAUAUAUAAGAGUGCCUUGAUGAGGAGAACUAGUAGAUGUUUGCCACAUUACAUCCAAAAGUAAAUUGAAAUGUUUUAUUUUCCUUUUUA